AUGGCGAGGCGGCUGGUGCUGUUCGACCUGGGCGGGGUGCUCUUCACCCCCAGCCCGCUGGGCGCCUUCGGCCGCUACGAGGCGUCGCUGCACCUGCCCAGGAACUUUUUGCAAAAUGUCAUCGUUGGAGCAGGCCCCGAUGGUCCCUAUGCCAGAGCGAUGAGAGGAGAGAUCACCUUAUCUCAGCUGGUUUCGGAGCUGGAAGAGGACUGCAAGAAGUUUGCUGCCUCCUUGGGGGCUUCUCUCCCGGAGACGUUCUCCGUAGCACAGGUCUUUGAAGAUAUUAUGACACAAGGAAAGCUCAAUGCUGCUGUUCUGCAAGCUGCUGUAACUCUCAGGAACAAUGGGUUCAGGACGUGUGUGCUCACAAAUAACUGGAUAGAUGACGGCCCUCAGAGACACAUCACGGCUCUCGCGCUCCCUCUGCUGAGGAGGCAUUUUGAUCUGGUGAUCGAGUCUUGCCGCGUCGGUCUGAAGAAGCCGGACCCUCGAAUUUACGAGUACGCGCUGGGCGCGCUGAAGGCGAAACCGCAGGAGGUUAUUUUCCUGGAUGACAUCGGAGCUAACUUAAAGCCAGCCCGAGAAAUGGGAAUAGCCACCAUCCUUGUCAAGGACACCGAUGCUGCCCUGAAGGAACUGCAGGACCUGUGUGGAAUUCAGCUUCUUGGCCAUGAAGAGACUCUGCCAAUUGCGUCUGACCCAGGGAACGUGACCCAUGGUUAUGUGCCAAUCAAGCCUGGAGUCCAGCUGCAUUUUGUCGAGAUGGGGAAUGGCCCAGUGGUGUGCCUCUGCCAUGGCUUCCCUGAAUCCUGGUUCUCCUGGAGGUACCAGAUCCCUGCUUUGGCUGAGGCUGGCUUCCGGGUCCUGGCUUUGGAUAUGAAAGGCUACGGAGAUUCCACUGCUCCCCCAGACAUAGAAGAAUAUUCCCAGGAAGAGAUAUGCAAGGAGCUUGUGGUUUUCCUGGACAAACUGGGCAUUUCGCAGGCAGUGUUCAUCGGCCAAGACUGGGGUGGAGCUGUGGUGUGGAACAUGUCCCUCUUUUACCCAGAGCGAGUGAGGGCAGUGGCUGGACUGAACACGCCCUACAGACCUGCGGACCCCAAAGUGGAUGUCAUGGAGACGAUCAAAGCCCGUCCUGUGUUUGACUAUCAGCUUUAUUUCCAGGAGCCGGGUGUUGCUGAGCUCGAGCUGGAGAAGGACCUGAGCAGGACGUUUAGGAUCAUGAUCCGAUCCAUGAGGAAGGAGGAUGAGCUGCCUGUUCCACUCAACGCCACCAGCGUCCGGGAGCGAGGAGGGGUUCUGGUUGGCAUGCCAGAAGACCCACCUCCAAGCCAGAUCCUAGCGGGAGCGGAUCUCCAGUACUUCAUCCAGCAGUUUAAAAAGUCUGGCUUCAGGAGACCAUUGAACUGGUACCGGAACAUGCGAGCCAACUGGCUGUGGAGCCUGUCGGCAAAAGACAGGAAGAUCCUGGUCCCGGCUUUGAUGGUUACUGCCGGGAAGGACUUUGUUCUCCAUCCUAAUAUGAGUAAGGGCAUGGAGGAGUGGAUUCCGCAGCUGACCCGGGGCCACAUUGAAGAGUGCGGACACUGGACUCAGAUGGAAAGGCCAGCUGCUCUGAAUAAGAUCCUCAUCAAGUGGCUGGAGGAUGUUCACGACAAUUCUUUGCUGCAGAAGAUUUCAAAACUCUGA